UGAGUUAAGUUCAUAAUCAAGAUGAUUGCAAAAAAGAUGGACUUAGUUUUGCUGCUGAUUUUCUCGCUGCUUUCUGCGCUUUGCCUCCAUGGCAUUUCUCAACAAAUUUCGCCUCAAAACCCCGAUUUCGAAUGCGUCGAUAUUUACAAACAACCAGCUUUUCAACAUCCGCUGCUAAAGAACCACAAAAUCCAGGUGAAAUUAAAUCCUACGGAGACGGGCAUGGAUUAUAAUAAACGAAAUAACCAAUCGAAUGUUUUUGGUGAACUGAAAGAUCUUUGUCCCCAAGGACAAGUACCGAUCCAAAAGCCAAACCCAGUAAACGAGAGUUAUCAUAUGAUGUCAACCGAGUUUUUUGGUCAACAUUUUGCGGCGCUUGAAACCGGAGAGGAAACAACGGGGGUUUACAAGGAGGCAAGCGCGAGGAUGAGCAUACACGCGCCGCGCGUGGCGAAUAAUCAGUACAGUAGGGCUUCUAUCUGGGUCGAAAGUGGGCCCACUGACCAACGCAAUAGCAUCCAUUUUGGUUGGGCCGCUCAUUCAAGAAUAUACAGCGACAGCCGUCCAAGAUUAACCGCGUUCUGGACGGCGGAUGGUUAUAAACAAACCGGGUGUUACAAUACGAUAUGCCCCGGUUUCGUUCAAGUGGAUAAACAGAUUUAUGUCGGGAUGCAAAUGCUUCCGAGGACUAGCAACGGCGGUCCAGAAUUCGUAUCCGAGUUCAGUAUCGUUCAGGAUCCUAGUUUUGGAAACUGGAUGUUGAAGUGUGACGGUACACUCGUUGGUUACUGGCCAAAUGAAGUGUUUACGCAUCUGAAGAACGGAGCCACGUUCAUAAGAUACGGAGGUAAUGUGUUCGAAUCGCCCGACGGAAUCAGUCCGGCCAUGGGGAACGGCGCUUUUCCGGCCGACGCGGCUUCCGGCUACGAGACGAGUGCCUUCUUCACGCAGUGCAAAUACUCGACCGAGCAAGCCGACAAUGUUGCUAUAAGCAGUAGCGUGGUGAAAGUUGUCAAUGACCUCCCCUCUUGUUUCAACAUUCGGUAUUUUCAAAAUCAGAUCCCUAAUUUAGGUCAGAUGUUUGCGUAUGGUGGCCAUUGCGGCAAAUGAAUUUUAGGUGAUUUGGAUCCCAAGAUCUAAUAAAGUUUCAGAAAUGGUAAAAAGGGUUUCGAUUA